CCAGGAUCACUCGAACAGUUUGGUUUUCAACAAUAUCGGACCUAACGAGCCAGCAGUCGCAGUUGCCGCCACGGGCAACGCAACUGCCGGAACCGCUGCGGAUGUCACCGUGCGGACUUUUCGGAAUGAUUUGACCAACUUGUUUCCCAUGACAGGCACGCUCCCACUGGGUGGAAACAAGACUAUCACCGCUUUCACGUUCUCAAAUUAAGGCAUGCUGCUGCGUGAAUUCAUUGUUUGUCUUACAGAGUAUUGCGCUUUCUCGGUCGCUAGCGCUAGUGUCUAGCGCUUCUUGGUAUCUUUCUCCUGAGACCACCGUGCUUUGUUUAGCUGUAAUGAAACGAAUCUGAGCCAACCGAGAGUUCAUGAAGAUCUAAUCCAACGUGGAGAUCCCAAAGGCGGGGAAUGUUUGGGGUGCGAGACUCGUGCUUUGUGCCGCAGAUCUUCUUGCGAAUCUCAGGUUCGGUCAAAUCGGGUGUACAGGAAGUACGGACUUGGUGUCGCCAAAAGCAACGGUAGAGAUGGACAUCUUCGCAGUUGCGGCGUCUGUCACCAUCAACGACCUAUCACUAGCGAGUGACAGCUGCUACCUGCACAACCUGCUGCGUGGUUCCAAGAAAGUGACGAUGAGUGUCACCGGAAGCUCGUGGCGGCAAAGUGCGGUUUUUCAUCAGGCCUCAGGGAGCACAUCGCCCUUUCCAAGUCGACGCGACGCUUCAGCAGACUGUCAACAGUAGUUCUUCUAUAUAAUGUAGAUCUUCUACGAACAACAGCUAAAUGAUGAUUAUUUUUCGGAAGGCAUGGAAACAAACAUACGGAUCUGAUCUGAAUUUAGUUGUAGAUCAUGGUGGUUGUUAGCUAGUAGUUGGUUUAGUUCGGUCAGCCUCAGCCUUUCUUACCAUACUGCAGGUUUUCGGUUGAUAUAAAGUCGGUGGUAGAAGAGAUCACAUCAGAUGCCAGCUGGAGUUGGGGGUCUUCGUUGACAAUCUUGAUUGCUGAAAAGGGGAUGUAUGAGAAUUUCUCAUGUACAGCAGCAGCCAUGGCUGAAGAAGUUGUCACCGGUGCGCAGUUGGUUACCGCGUUGCAGAAAGCCUCAACUUCGCCGUGUGAUACCAUCGAAGACAUCAAAAAUUAAGGGUAGAAUGAACCAAAUGGACGUGUGAAGUAAAUGGAUUUAUUAAAUUUCGAUUUCGUUCGCAAAGACGGCAGCUGCAAUUGCUAAAAAUCCGAAGGCUAUGUAAAGCAGCUUCACAUCCCCUGCGACUCUUCUUGUCCUUUCUAGCUAGAGUAAAACAUCUAAGAUUGUAAGCUAAAUGCGCACUUUCCGCUUUGGGUUCAUCCCUUCGAGGAUGCUAGUAAUCCGGACGGACAGCUGGCAAUGCUCCAGGUAGACUGGUGCUUAAACGCACAGUGCACGAGUCCACACUUCUAUGGUGCGGGAGCUGACGUCAAAUAUGGGGGUUCGUCAGAAACGGAGACAACUACCGUCCCGAGUGGGCCUUCUGGUGGCGGGGGAAGUUCUCCGGGCGGAGGAGGGAGUCCUCCCGCUCCCGGCGGCAACCCGCGCACACUUUUUGCUGAACGUGGCUCCAGUGCUGUUGCUAGUUCAUCUGCAGCAGAGGAGGAACAGGAUGGUAC